AUGAUGCAAGUUUGUCAGGAACUUUUUGUUACGGUCUGUUGGAACACUUAGGCUUUUGAAGUACUGUAGAGUUUAUUUUGCAGUUUGUCCCAUCCAUCGAUACGCAGACAAAUAAUUUGGACAAUGCACAUGCGCGAAUUAUUAUCGAUCAAUUUUUGGACGAUUUUCCGCUUUGUAAAGUGGUUCAUUUUGGACCGAAUUUGGCGAGUUUAUUGAUUGCUGAUAGAAAAUGUGAGGGUUUUCUAAAGUUUCAGAUAUUUUUCAGCCUGAAAACAUUGUUUUUUCAGUCCUGACUGCGAUUCAACGACGAGUUCCACGCAUUUUCCUCUCGACACAUGUGGAUGAACGAAAUGGACCAUUGGUAAGGGAAUUGGAAACUUUCUGACCAAAAAAUCGACAAAUUUUCAAAAAGGCUGAUUCGGGAACCAAAGAAAUGUUUUUUAACAUCGAAAGAUCAAUUCACGAAAAGUCGAAAAACAUUGUGGUAAAAAUUAGUUUUUUUUGAGUUUUUAGCGAAAAAUGAUAACAAAUCGAGAUUUUUUAAGCUUCUGGAGUAAUUUCUGAUGAAAAUUGACCUUGGAAUUCACUUUUCAGAAGUUUUUGCUGAUUUUUCGUGAUGAAAUUCGAAAAAAAUUAAUAAAAUGAGGUGAAAUAGGGUUCUCGAAUCUCAUUUUCAUCAGAAAUCAAUCCAGAAGCUUAAAAAUAUCGAUUUGUCAUCAUUUUUGGCUGAAAAAACUCGAAAGCCUGGAGGUAUUUUCAGACUUUCAGAAGGAGAAGCUGUGUUGGAAAUUUUUUGAAUAAAUUCAGAUUUCAUUGAAUUUUUUCUGAUUUAAAAUUACUUGGGGUGAUUCAAGUCAAAAAAAAAAAAUAGAAAAACAUUUUUUUUACAAAAAUUUCGUUUUUGAAAUUACAUUUGUAAUUUGUCUUCUUCUUUCUGACGGUGUUCUUCCAAUGUCGUAAAUAAAUUAUUAAAAAAUUAUUAUUACUUCGAAUCAUCGUUUUUGAUCUUCAAAAAUAAUUUGAAUUUGAAAUUUUCAAAGUUUUGGCGGGAAAAUCUAUACCUUAAAGCUUUUAGGUACUUAAGGAUUUUUCCUCUUUUUGUGUUUCAGUUUCAAUUUAAUCUUCCAAAGGAAUCUCUACGAAAUUGUAUUAAUUGAUGAAUAAAACAACCGUUUCCAGAUGAAUAUCUUCUAUGCAUUGUAAAAAAAUUGAAAAAUAAUUGGUUACGAAGUUUUUUUCAAGAUUUUAUUUUUUUUUUCUCUAGUCAGAAAAAUCUAAUAAGUAUUUAUUAGUUAGUCUAACUACUUUUUAAGAGGUCUUAAUAAAAAAAUCACUGAAAAACAAUCGCUUUGGCCACAAAAUAUGCGUAUGAAUUUCCAUUUUUCGCAAAAGUCCAGGAGAAAAGAUCGUGCUUUAAUCUUGGCCCGAUAAAAUCUCUCUUCAGCAGCAAAAAAACUCGCUAGAAAAAAGACAUCGUAGAAUAUUCUCUAUUCAGUUCCGAAAUCAAACUACGACGAAAAUGAAAAAAAUCUGCUAUUGUCUUUUGGUCUCAAUACUCUUCUAUAUUUUUCUAGAUUUUCUUCUGAGCUCUUCAUAUGAGCAAUGGUUCAAAAUAUCCGAAGAUCCCAGAUAUUUCCAUUAUUUCCUAGAGAAAGAGGGUAGAUUUUUGAAUUGCGAUGAUUUUUCGAAUGAAUCGGGAAUCUCGGAAUAUGUGAAAAACGGAAGACUUCGGCUAAGUCCGGAGAAAAUGUUGGGAAUUUCAAUGGAUUGUGAAAAUUUGAAAGCGAGGAUUCAAGGAAAGGGAGAUUUCAGAGUCUUGGAUAGACCUAUGGCGUUUGUCAGGAAUAUUAACACGGUAUGUUGUUUUGAACCUCCUACCUUCAAAAAAUCUCCGAUGUUCCAGCUCUACGAACUUCAGGAAAUGUUCCUAUUUCUAAACUACCAUCCAGACAACACCUAUUGCUUUUCAAUCGACGAAAAAUCAUCUGAACUCUACGAAAAGAUCGAGAAACUCUCAAAUUGUUUCCCCGAAAACAUAUUCAUCAAUUCAAACACCUAUGACUUCGAUUCAGCUGGAAACUUUCAAGAUGAAGCUCAUUUAAAAUGCUUGGAGCUAAUAAUGGAUAGAAAUUGGUAUCAUGCUGCACUUCUACAGAAUAAUGACAUGAUUAUAAAAUCCACCGAACAAUUAUCGAAUUUAAGUGAGAUGCUGAAUUAUACGAGUUUGAUGGGGUUGGAAUUUCCGAAUUAUAAAAGGUUUAGAAAAUCGCCGACGAACUGGACACCAAAAAUAUUACAUUUAUUUAAAAAUGGUGAGUUUUUGGAAGAAACUUUUUCCUAACUUUUGUUUUUUGAAUUUCUAGAAUCCGGCGUGCCUCUCGAAGUCCUUAAGAAACCAUUAAAACUGCGAAAAUCAAAGAACCAAUUAAUCGUUUCGAAAACCUUUAUCAAAUCAAUUUUCAAAAAUCUUGACCUAACCGAUCUUUUAGAAAUGAUAAAAAAUCAGACAAAUUCCGAAGUUGACGAGAUUCUUUUUCCAACUUUAUAUUCAAAUUAUUUGGGUCUAAAAGGUCAAAUGGUUUCGAAAUGUGUAGAUUCCUAUGUGGACACAGUAACAGAUGAAAAAUGCGGAGCAAAAUUAAGUGAACAAGGGAGUUGUAUAGUUGGAGUUGAGCAUUUAGCGGAACUUGGCAGCGCCAACAAUGUUCUAGGUGAGAUUUCGAUUUUCAAAAAAAAAAACAAACAAAAUUAUUUUUGUAGUAUCAAAAGUGCUGGAAAACUUCGAUCUUGCUCCAGUGAUUUGCAUGAGAAAAAUGAUAGAAGAUGAGAAAACUACGCAAAUUGAAGAGCCCGCUUUGCACGAUUUUCCACAAUAUCGAGAAAUGGUUUUGAAACGGGUUAGAGCUUUUGACAAGGAGAGCUUCAAGUGUUGA